AGAGAGAGAGAAGCAGCCUUGUUGUGCAAUCCUGUACUGCUCGCCCCUCACUCUCUCCAGCGAGCCCCACGUCACUCCAGUUUUGAAACAAGGAGGAAAAAAGUUGUCGAGUGAAGGAGUGAAGGGAAAAAAACCCUACUGAAGCCGUCCCCUCCCCUCCAGCAGCGGGAGAGAGGGAGAGGGAGCACGAGUGACAGACAGAAAGGGAGGGAGAGGAGAGUGAGUGAGCGAGGGCUGAGCGCUGCGCAAGGGAAACCCCACGCCACUCUCUCCACUAAAAGUGUAAAGUUGUUUUGGACCUUCCCGAGUCGGUGGCUCGGAACACUACCAGCGCUGGAGCAGUCAGAGUGACUGUGUGGAGUGACUCAAUACCGUAGACAGAGAGCCGAGGACGGGGUGACAGCAUGGGAAUAAGGUGCGGAUCUCUUGGCAGGGUCUGUUUGCUGUGGACCUGCAUUCUGACCACCCUCACCCAAAGUACUGCCCAGAAACCAGCUGCAGGACGGCGCUCCCGGCAGGCGGAGCCAGAGGAGGUGGAGGGGGUGUGGUCUCCUUGGGGCGAGUGGGCGGAGUGUUCCCAGAGCUGCGGCGUCGGCAUAUCAGAGAGGAAGAGGCAGUGCUUAGCUCCACCACAGACCAAUCAGCAGCCCCCGCCAUGGCCUGGCCCCGCCUACCUACCGCCAGUCAUCCCCAACCAGGCGCCCGUCAUCUCCGCUCUCCGCCCCUACCACCCCUCCCUCUACCCGCCCAAUGGGUACGGUGGGGGGGCGGGAGUAAGUAGCAGCAGGCAGCCCGUGUACCCGCCCAUCAAUCAGCCACCCAAUCAAAACCCAGGCCCUGGACUGCCUCUGUACCGCAGCGAAUCAGGAGUCGGGGUGGGGCCUAAUCAGCCCAAUAAUGCGCCUCCUUACUACCCACCGGCCAAUCCGGACCCGGCGUCCGUGUACCGGGGCGCGUCUGCGUACCCGUCGGCAGGCUCCUCCGGCUACGGCCAUACAGGGAGGGGGUCCUCCAGGCGACUGGCCAAUCAGGGGCCAGGCAGAUCUGCAGGGGGCGGGAGCAGGAGGUCAGUGGCCAAUAGUAACCGGGACCCUUUGUCUUUCAGGAGGUCCAGUCCUCAUAUCCGGCCUGGUCAGUUCGGCUAUGGCCGCGUCCCCUUCGCCCUGCCCCUGCACCGCCCCAGUCGCCACACCCGCCACACCCCCCGUCGACACGGUAACGCCACCGCAGCCGUCGCCGUGGCUACGGAGCGGGGGGAGGGGCUGACCCUCAGUGAGUUCCUGGAUGAGGACUAUAGCAACACCUCCACCACAGGAGGAGCAGCACACGGGGGACACAGGGAGCGCGAGAGGAGGGAGAGGAGGAGGCACCGUUGGCAGGAGGAAGAGGAAGAGGAGGUGGACCAGGAGGUGAUGAUGAUGCUGGAGGACGCUGAAUUGGAGGCGAUGGAGAGGAGGAGAUACAAGAGGCAGGAGAGAGAGGAGGAGGAGGAGGAGGUGAAACAGCAAGGGGAGCCCAAUGGGGAGCGACAUGAAGCCACCUCCUCUUCCUCCUCCACCUCCUCUUCCUCCUCCACAGCUCCUCCCAGGACCAGCCAACCGCAACAGCCCCACCUCCCCCCAUCCCCUGAGAGACAAACCCCCCCACGCAGGGGCACACACCGCCUGCACGCACAAACACACGCUGCAUCGCCCAACGCGCACAGGCUGUCCCGCACGCCCCCAGACACGCACACACCACACAGGGACACGCACACGCACAGAGACGCACAGGCAGGCGCAGGUGCCUCUCACCCGGCCUUCCCGCCCCAGCACAGACACACACCUGGGCAGGUGAGCAGGCGGCCGCCUCCCCCCUACGGCCUCCCGCUGCACCACACCCCGCCUCUGCAGUCGCCCUCCGGCCCCGGCGGAGGCGCUGUAGUGCCGCCCAGCCUCUACCCCCAGCCCCACCCCUGGCAGCCCCUGACCCAGCCCCCCACGCACCGCUACAGGUGCACUGGAGCCGACACGGAGCACCGCCGCUGCACUGGAGAGUCGUGUACCGGUCCUGUGCUGUCCUCCAGGGCUGAGCAGUGUGCUGCCUUCAACACUCAGGAGUUCAUGGGCCGACUAUACGACUGGGAGCCCUUCACUGAAGUUGGUGUGGAGCAGCAGUGUGAGUUGACCUGUCGGCCCGUGGGGUAUCGUUUCUACGUGCGCCAGGCGGAGAGGGUCAAGGAUGGAACCCCAUGCACCAACACCACCAGCAACGACGUGUGUGUGGCAGGACGAUGCCUGACUGAGGGCUGUGACAGUGUGUUGGGUUCGGGUCGCGUGCGGGAUAAGUGCGGCGUGUGCGGGGGAGGGGACGGCACAUGUCAGCGUGUGACGGGAAGCUUCCAGAACACCAGUGUUCCCCUGGGUUACUACCACAUUCUGGACAUCCCACCUGGGGCCACUGCCAUCAACAUCACAGAGAGACGCGCCAGCCCCAACUACCUGGCUCUGCGCAGUGGUACAGGCCAGUCUGUGGUGAAUGGCCGCUGGGCGGUGGAUCCUCCAGGGGACUACCAGGCGGGAGGCACCACCUUCAGCUACGCGAGGCCCAGAUCGGGGCCCGAGGGCCGGGGAGAGGACAAGGGCGAGACCCUAUCAGCUCCAGGCCCCACCACCACCCUACUGCAGCUGUUUAUUAUUUACCAUAAGCUGAACCCGGGCAUCGACUACGAGUACUACUUCCCAGUGGAGAAGAGAGGAGAGGGGGAUACAGAGAAGGAGAAGGAGAGAAGGAGAGAGAAGGAGAGAGAGAGGAGCCGUGACGGAGGGAGGGCGCCGCUCCGAGAGAUUAGUGCCCUGACUAUAACCGUUGAGGAUCCAGUAUCAGCCCCGCCCAUCUCCCCGCCCCCUUCCAUCCCCGCGGCCAGAUGGACACCUGACAGGUCCUCCCGUCCCCGAGGCUCGGCACCCAAUCGCAACGCUCGAAUCCCGCCUCGCACUGACGUGCCAUUGGACAACCAGCCACCAUUCGUGUGGAGGAAAGGCCCUCUGACGGAAUGCUCCGCCUCCUGUGGAAAAGGCGCUCGUCAUCGUGUGGUGGUGUGUAUGAACCGGCACACUGAUCAGGAAGUUCCUGACAGGAGGUGCGACUCGGCAUCGCGACCCCCCCUGGAAGAAGAGCCCUGCAACGUACAGCCCUGCCCGCCAUUCUGGGAGGUGGGCACGUGGUCCGAGUGCAGUGUCACGUGCGGUAGCGGCCUGCAGCAGAGGCAGCUCCAGUGUCGUCUGAGUUUCGGGAACCGCACCACCAUGGUCCACCCCCAGCGCUGCGCCGGCCUGCCCCGACCGGACGCCACCCAGCCCUGCCAGACCAGAGUGUGCUCCCGCUGGGAGGUGGCAUCAGACUGGAGCUCCUGCUCUGUGGACUGUGGAGUGGGCAAGAGAACUCGGAAUGUUCGCUGCGUCAGUAACCAUGGUGACGUUGUGAGUGACAGCGACUGCAAUGCUAGGCUCCGCCCACAGAAAAGCGAGGACUGUCACAUGGGCCCCUGCGUCACCAACUGGUACUUCACCGAUUGGACAAACACCUGUUCAGCCGACUGCGGUCCGGGUAUUGAGCGUCGUAAGGUGGUGUGCCUGACGCGGGGCGGUGCUGACGGGGGAGGGACCGGGGUGUGUCACGGGGACAAGCCAGCGGACAUGAAGGCCUGCAACGGGGGACCCUGCACAGCCACCGCCAUGUGGUUUACUGGGACUUGGGGACAGUGCAGCGCCUCGUGUGGCAAUGGAACCCAGCGCAGGGACGUCAUCUGCGUCAAGAAGCUGGGGAGCGAUUUCAGCGUGACACCGGCCAGCGAGUGUGCACACCUGGAUAAGCCUUCCCCCGUGCAGACGUGCCAGCUGAACCCCUGCCAACCCCAGUGGUUCACCACCGAGUGGAGCGCGUGUUCGCGCACCUGUGGUAAGGGCAGCCAAGUGAGGGAGGUACGGUGUCUCAGCCCGGACAAUCAGCACAGCCAGGAGUGCGACCAGGAGACCAAACCCCCCCAGGAGCAGGCCUGCAACAUCUUACCCUGCAGCCCACUGGUCGCAGAUGAGAAUUGCCGGGACCUAAGACAUAACUGUAUGAUGGUGGUUCAGGCUCGUCUGUGUGUCUACUCCUACUACAAGACGGCCUGCUGUGCCUCGUGUACCCAGAGUGCAUUGCGGGCCAAGAGACACUGACCCCUGACCCCAAAAGGGGUGCGGGCGCAGGAGUGCAAAGCCAUGCUGUGAUUGGCCCAGGCCCAGGGACAAUGCCACAUGCCUGAGCUCCACCAAUCACUUUCAAGAAAAGGUAUAAUAAAUUCGCCACCUGCAGGAGACAGCCAAUCACAGACCUGCUUGCCGUGAUGGACAGGUUGUGUAACCAGUCAACAGGGGGGAUUCGUUUGCCUUCAGCCCAAAGGUCCAGCGCUUACACACGGAGUUCAAGAGUCCCCUGCCUUCUUCACCUGUAGCCUUGAUGACACACACACACACACACACACACACACACACACACACACACACACACACACACACACACACACACACACACACACACACACACACACACACACACACACACACACACACACACACACACACACAAUAUGGUGUCACAGUGGCUGCAGUGUAUUAUGAACUUUACCCAUGUCUACACCCUGUAAUUGGUGUAUAUGUAUAUUUGUGUACGCCAAAACAGGGGUGCGUUUCUCGACACCGUCGUUGCUAACUAGCUACCAACUUAAUCAGUGGGCAAUGGGAAAUUGCGUUGCCAUCAAGUAAGUUCCUAACGUAGUUAUCAGCAGCACUAUCACGAAACGCACCCCAGGAUGUGUUGGCUUCUAUACUGGGUGUUAUUAGGGCCAAACAGAAAGACAUAUACAGUAUAGCAAAAAUGAAAAGCUUCAUUUUUCUAAAAUGGCCCGAUGGUAGACCAACAUGUGACUAGCCACACGCGUAUCACCUCACAAACAUAGAAGUUAUAAUGCUGCAUAU